AUGCUGAUGAUUCCUCUGCUGGUGUUGCUGAGCCUGCUGGAUCCCGUUAGUCCCCGGGCCCCCUGCGCCCCGGGCCAGGCCUGCGACCCCCGGCAUCGGAGAGACGCGGGGGGCCGCGGAGGAGUGUAUGAACACCUCGGAGGAGCGCCGCGACGCAGGAAACUCUACUGCGCUACUAAAUACCACUUGCAAAUCCACCCCAAUGGGAGAAUUGAUGGAUCACUGGAGGAAAACAACCCGUUUAGCAUCAUGGAAAUCACAGCGGUGGAUGUGGGUGUCGUGGCCAUAAAAGGGAUCUUCUCUGGCAGAUAUCUGGCCAUGAAUGAUAAAGGACGGCUGUAUGCCUCAGAAGUGUUCAACAAAGAGUGUGAGUUUGUGGAGCGGAUCCAUGAGUUAGGCUACAACACCUACGCAUCUCGCCACCACUCUACCGAGCAGCCCUCACCACCAGGGGGCGGCGGCGGCAAGCGUCGCGCCAGUGCCAAGCGCCAGUGGUACGUUUCUAUCAAUGGUAAAGGCCGGCCACGGCGAGGGUUCAAAACCCGAAGCACUGACAAAGCUUCUCUUUUCCUGCCUCGGGUGUUGGGCAACAAGGACCACGAGAUGGUGCGACGGCUUAGGGACAGUCAGAGUCCACACCACCACGCGCAUCACCACACAGGCCGCGGUGAGCGCCGAAGACGCCGGCAUCGUGCCAGGAAAGGCCGAAGGCCAGAUGACUGA